UUUUUAGUACUUAUAUCGAGACUUAAAGUGUAUGUACUGCAUGUUCUCUGCCGAUAUAAUAUUCUAGUUUAUUAAAAGAUUACAUUUCUCAGCCUUUAUAAAGGAUUAUAGCAUGGCUUCCAUAGAUUCAGAGGAAGGACACCCUCCGAUAACAUCUGUGAAUAUCUAGGAAAAACAAAGCACACUCGUCAACUUAGAGGUGGGAUUGAUUAUUCACUUCAUCACGUUUCCGUGGCUUGCUAAAUGACACUUAAAUAUUGUAAGGAUGAUAAUGUUGAAUCAAACAUGUCGGCUCUAUCAUGGCGAACAAUGAAUUUCAUCAUUCAAGUGACAUCGCUAUAUUUCAUCAUUGGAUCUUCAGCGUCACCAGAUUCAACGAAUUAUGAUGAUGUUGACGUGUGGAUUGAACGAUGUACCCUUAACGUGAAAUGGGCGUCAGAAAAUGAGGAAAACGGAUGCCGUGCAAAUAUGUAUCGACUGAAACUGUACCACAAUUCCAAGGAAAUAUCCACUGCAGAUACUAAAGCUUUAAAGUAUUCUUACAACGGAAUAGAUUCAGAGUCUACAUACCAAGUCGAAGUGACGCCAGUCUUAAGAUGUGAUAACAGUUCUUUAAUCUUCCAGAGCAAAAGGAUGAAAACUAUUUCAGCUAUUCCAGCUUCACAACAAAAAUAUAUAACCAGAAAUGUAUCCGAAAAGGUUGUAUUAGAAUGCCCUCUGAAUGGUGCCUACCAACCAAUCAACGUGAAAUGGCAGCAUGAUCUUGGAGCAAAACGUACAACUGUAAGAAGUUUCUCCUCGUCAAUGAUCAAUCUACAAAGCGUUUCCUAUAGAGACAUGGGGAAAUACACCUGCGUUGUCGAAUACAAUCCUUGUGGAAAUACAGGGAUUUCAAGAAAUUCAACGAGUUCCUUGGUCCUUAGUUUGAAUGGUCCACCAUUAAUCUCAAACUAUGUAGAGGCUACCAGAGUUAGAUCAGGACAAAAUAUGACAUUGGCGUUAAAUGUAAUAUCAUUUCCCCCACCGUAUGGCCGUGUAAUUAUAGUAAAUCAAAAAGGAAAUCGUAUUUUUGAAAACACUGUGUCAUUCGAACCAAAAUACAUGCCGCUUCUGUCCUAUGGAAGAUCAGUGGAAUUAAAUGGUUAUAUCUCGGAGUUGGUGUUGCAGAAUAUUACAGAGGAGUGGUUUGGAACCAACAAUGUAUUUGUGUUCAACAACUAUGGAAACCAUUCAGUACAUUUCACGGUAGAGGGGUUCACGGAUGAAGACAAUUUCAUAGUAAAAUUUCUCAAGAAGAACAUCAUUCUUUUGGCUGGACUUGGAGGAGGAAUUCUGGUUCUGAUUAUCAUUGUCAUUGUGAUUGUCAUCACAUGUGAUACAAAGAGAAGAAAGAGACGGGAAAACGUCACAUUAGAUAGAGACCAAAACGAUCAGCCCCAGGCAGAAUCAUUAACCGGGAAUACAACCAAUGGUCAACAUAUUUACGCUAGGCCGUUUUCAUUUGGCAAAUAUAAAGAACAGGAUUCAGCAGAAGUUAAAACAUUAACAGACCGUGACUAUCAGAUUGAAUUGGAUCGGAGACAAUGUGCAAGUUUAUAUAGUUAUGGUGGAUUCUCUGUCAAUGAAUUUCAAGACGAUGAAUUAAUGUACGACAAUCAGUUCGCUCCAGAAUACAAAUAGAAAGGAUGAAACCAAACUGUGUAUUGUACGGGUUAAUUCGGCCCUAAAUUCUUUACAGCAAAGUGUACUUAACUUUGAUGAUGAAUGUAAGCAAAGCUUUCUCAUAUGAUACAUGUAUAUAUUAUCAUGUAAUUUAUAGAAAGAUGUAGUCUUUACCUUUUUUUAAAUUGCACAUUUUUUUUACACCAUUUCCCUUUCAAUAAACAUACAGUGCUUUUGAGAACAUAUUUCAUAUGCAUCUAUCAAAGAAAGGUCAUUAUUAAGAACAGAUAGGGCUUGCAUGGUUUGUGUUAAAUAAUGUGCUCGGAUUGGCCUCUUUUCAUACAAUGCUUGAAUUUCGACCUUUGAAAUAAAUGACAAUUAUGAAAACACAAACCGGUUUUCUGUUGUUUAGCAAAAAUAUAGCUUCAUUGAACGAAACACCUCUAGCUUGGGCACAAAGAAGGUUUACUUAAUGAAAGUUUACGGUAGUAAAUUAUUUUAAGUAAAGUUCUUGUUUAAUUUAUAUCGCACUUAUUUGAUUAACCUUCUUGAGCCCCUCGUAUUUUUGAUGUUGAGUAAGAUGUUAAGUAAUUUUCUCAAAGGAGGCAUAUAGGGUUCUUUAUCAUGCUGAGGUGCAAGUACGUUCAAUUAUUGAAAAAUUAUAUAGUACCAUAUUAUAUGAAUACAAUUCGGUAAGAUAUAUAUCAUUAGAAAUCUUUAUUGAUCUGCAGCAAGUCUAGAAAAAACGUAAACUACUUCACGUAAAAGUGUGCAGAUCCAAUUUACAGUAGGAUUGUGGCCCGAUUUAUUUGUAAAACUCACCUUAUUUGAUUGCAGGCAGCUCCAUUUUGAUAUUUCAUAAUGUGUUGUAGGGGGUCAGAUUGCAUAAUCAUACCUAUGUGAUACAAAUGUUCUUGUAUUUUCUGUUUUCUACUCAUUCUGACCCCCACUAGCUUAUUCUGUUAUAUAACUUCGUCAUUUUCAAAAUAAAUGACAUUUUUUUCAAUUCA